CAAGUUGUCAGAUUGAGUGUCGCUCAUAUCGUCGCUUAGGUUAUUUUCAGCGAAUGGAAUUUAAUUUUUCUUUAAUAAAUAAGAAAAUAGAACAUCGUGAAAAUGAAGAUUUAUACAAACGAAAAUAAUACGGCGACUCUGAAAUUGCUAAUAGCGGGAAAUUUAGCUGAGAAAAAGUUAGAAUUACAGAAAGCUACUUUCGAAGACUCAUUUGCAGGGCCAAAGUCACUACCACUGUUGGAGGUGGACGAGGAAUUGACCUUCUUCUCAAGUAAUGCGGCUGCACAGUAUCUGUUUCCAGUCCUUGAUUUGUCGGAGAAUGGACAAUGUCAACAAAUGCAAGAAUGGGAGGCCACCCGUCUCCAACCGGCUGUCGCCACUGUAUUAACCGCCAAGACUGUGUCCGCAGACGUGAAGGAAAUGACCCAAUCGCUGUUACGCAUGGUCGAUGGGCUGUUGAGUAAACACAAAUAUAUUAUUGGGGAAAAGUUGUCUGCCGCGGACGUAUCAAUAUGGAGUACAUUAUAUCCGUUGAUCUAUAACCCUGAGAAUCAGCAAAGCUAUUUGAGUGAAUGUUACAAUAUUCUGAAAUGGGCUGAGGAGUUGAACGGCGCGAAAGCUUUCAAGGAAGCGGUGAAGCAAUGGGGUGGAUCGCCCAGUGGUCCUUUCAGUCCCAUAUCUGCGUUGGGUGUGCCACAGAUAAAUAAUAUAUCUUCACCCGCUGACUCACCCGAUGAUUCAGUACAAAUUAGCGUCACACAAGAGGAGAUAGAGUUGGCCCAAGAGAAUUGGUUAAACGGUUUGAGAAACCUACAGCCGCCCUUGAAACAGGAGAAAAUAGUGUUACCAGUGAAAGGUCGUAAAAAUAUUUUAAUAACAUCAGCAUUGCCAUAUGUAAAUAAUAUACCACAUUUGGGUAAUAUUAUAGGAUGUGUUCUAUCAGCUGAUAUCUUCGCUAGGUAUUGCCGUUUAUGCGAUUACAACACCCUGUAUAUAAGCGGCACGGACGAAUACGGCACGGCGACUGAGACCAAAGCCAUAGAAGAGGGUCUGACGCCGCGACAGAUCUGCGACAAAUACUACGAGAUCCACAACAGCGUGUACCGCUGGUUCGACAUUGGGUUCGAUUACUUCGGCCGGACGAGCACGCAGGAGCAGACCGAGAUAGUACAAAAGCAAUUCAUGAAGCUGCUAGACAACGGUUUCAUAAGCACACAGUCGGUUGAGCAGCUGUUCUGUGAGAAAUGCGAGAGGUUCCUGGCUGAUAGAUUCGUGGAGGGCACCUGCCCGCACGCGGGCUGCCUGUACGCGGGCGCGCGCGGCGACCAGUGCGACAAGUGCGGGAAGCUCAUCAACGCGCCCGACCUCAUCCAGCCCAAGUGCAAGGUGUGCGCGCACGCGCCCGCGCUGCGGCCCAGCGAGCAGCUGUUCAUCGAGCUGGGGCAGUUGGAGCCCUCAAUACGUAGUUGGGUGUCCUCCGCCGAAGCGGGGUGGUCCGCCCCGGCCAGGGCGGUGACGAGGUCCUGGCUACGCGAGGGGCUUCGCCCCCGGGCCGUUACGAGGGACUUGAAGUGGGGGGUGCCUGUGCCGUUGCCGCAAUAUAAACAUAAGGUAUUCUACGUUUGGUUCGACGCGCCGAUAGGAUACACCAGUAUCACACAAUGCGCGACCAAACAGUACGAGAAAUGGUGGAAACCGGACAAAGAGUAUGACGUUAAACUCUACCAAUUUAUGGCGAAAGACAACGUACCUUUCCACGCUAUAAUGUUCCCGGCCAGCGCUAUCGGCGCAAACGAUGGGACGAAACUCGUCGACUAUAUAUUCGCUACUGAGUAUUUGAAUUAUGAAGAGGGCAAGUUCUCAAAGUCCCGUGGUGUUGGUGUCUUUGGUACCGAUGCGCAGGACACCGGUAUACCAUCGGACGUUUGGCGCUUCUACCUCGCCAGCAUUCGUCCGGAAACAUCGGAUUCCAGCUUCAAUUGGACGGAACUUAUUACGCGCAACAAUUCGGAACUGCUGAACAAUUUGGGCAACUUCUGCCACCGCUCGUUGAGUUUCUGCGUGAAUUCGUUUAAUGGGAAGAUUCCAGGAGCGAAGCUGACCAGCUCCGACUAUGAGCUCUUUGCGCUGGUGAAUAGAGAAGUUGUUGCGUACGUGCGUGAGAUGGAGCGCGGGCGGCUGCGGGAGGCGCUGCGGCGCGCGCUGGCCGUGGCGCGGCUCGGCAACCAGCACAUGCAGGCCGCGCAGCCCUGGCGCCUGCUCAAGGGGACCGACGAGGACAAGGCGCGCGCCGCCACGGCCGUGUGCGUGUGCUGCCAGCUCUGUGCGCUGCUGUGCGCGCUGCUGGCGCCCUACGCGCCGCGCGCCGCCGCCGCGCUGCGCGCGCAGCUCAACCUUGCCGACACCUGCUUGAGGAUCAACCCCCGUAAUCCAUCGGUAAUCCAGUACCUGCCUGUCGGCCACGCUGUCGGCAAGCCUGAGCCGCUGUUCGCCAAAAUAGCGCCCGAACUGGCCGACACCCUGCGCGACAGGUACCGCGGCACACAGACGGAAAGAGCGCAGCAAAAUGGCGAAGCGGCCAAAACAGAUGCGCCUAAAGUCUCUAAUGUGGCGGAAUUGGAAAAAGCUAUCGCGGAACAAGGCGAUAAGGUGCGACAUCUGAAAGCGUCGACAAAAGACAAAUCUGUGUGGCAGCCGGAAGUUAACAGGCUAUUGGAGUUAAAGAAACAACUAACAGUUGCGCAAGCGCAGCCGCAGGGCGACACUGCUGGUGCCGAUGUUGCCAGUCUUGAAAAAGCUGUUGCUCAGCAGGGUGAUAAAGUGCGACAACUAAAAGCAUCGACUAAAGACAAGGCAGUGUGGCAGCCGGAAGUCGAUAAAUUGCUUGAAUUAAAAAAGAAAUUGGCGAGUGCACAGUCGAAUCAGGCAACACCAGCCAGUAAUAGCGCGGACAGUGUUGCCAGCUUAGAAAAAGCUAUCGCUGAACAGGGUGACAAGGUGCGAAAAUUGAAAGCGUCUACCAAAGACAAGUCAGUCUGGCAGCCGGAAGUCAAUGUAUUGCUAGAUCUAAAAAAACGCCUCGCCGCCGCACAGAGUAAAUAAAUGAUCAAUGUCAAAUAAAAUAUUGAAAAUGUUACAAAGAAUGUUCUGAGUAUUACCGUACAGUGUAUUUUAUUUGUAUAUACGUGAAGUAAGUUAUUUGGAAGGAUACAAUUUUGGCGGAUUAUAAAAAAAAAAAUACAGGAAGUCAUUUCGGCUUGGAAAAAUCAAUUUGUGCAAUGUCAGAUUUAAUGGAGAUUUGAUACGUUAUACUAUUCUCGUUGGUAUAUUAUGAUAUAAGAAUUUUAAAAAUUUACCAAAAUACAAAAAUUUUAAAACAAUUUCAUAAUAUAAUAUUAAUUAAGAAUAUUGCUCAAUCAUCUAAGAGGCAAGAACCCACUGCUCGAUUCCGCAAAGACAAAUAGCAUUAUGGCUCACUGAGCGCUGGCAGCCCAUUUUCUAUUCCAUACAUGAUUUCAUUUCAAAUUACCUUGAAUUAUAAAUAAUUUAAAAUAUCAGCAGUCAUUUACAUUAGAAAAUGAAUUUUAUACAAAUCACGUACAGAUUUCAAAUUUUAACACGCUUUUUUUAAAUUUUUUUACUUCGCCUGUAUUUAUAUGUAAGACUUUAAGUAAUCAGAUUUCAUUGAAACUGUUCCUUUUGAUUCAUCAUUCAAUAUAUUUACGCAUACUCUAUAAAGAGCAAGUGAGGCGAUUCAAUCGAGGCUAAAAAGGUGUAUCUUUUUUCUUUUGAAAUAAAAAUUUGUAUAAACCGAAUCGAGCACUGAGAUCCUGGGUUAUGAUAUAAUCAAACGAAUUCGCAAAGGAACUCAAAUACACUUACCAUAGACUUUUAAAUCAUAAUAUACCAAUGAUAUAUUUAAUAAAUAAAUGUGUUCAUUACUAUGCAUUGUAAUGGUAUUUAUUGUUAGAUUAAGCUUACUUGGAACUGAUAUCUCAAUAAGAUUUCUAUGAAGUA